AUGGUCGCAGAGCUGACUGGCGAGGACCCUGCCCCCGUCCCUGCCACCGACCCGGAACGACUCAAGGGCCUGUCCAGCCCUCCUGAGGAGGACGAGGAUGAGGGCUCGGAUCCAGGCCUGUCCGGGGUCUGGCGCGCCAUCCCCUUCCUCCCAAGCCUUGUCGAGGCCAUAGUGGGCACGCCCUACGAGGAGGAGGAGGAGGAGGAGGCGGCCCACGAGGAUAGCAGGAGCCGGCGCCGCGCCGACGAGCAGCGGGCGGCCGAGGCCGCGGCCGCGCACGCCUCCGCUGCGGCCCUUGGUGCCGAGCAGAACGAGCCGGUGCCGCUGCGAGUGGACCCGCGCGCCCGUGACCCCCUGGCCGAGCCCAGCUCGCUGCUGCGGCCGGGGGAGGCCGCGGCCCUCGCCACCCUCUGCCCCACACGGCACCGCCUGGCGCGCUGGCAGCUGGCCUACAGCACGCUGCGGGACGGCAUCUCCAUGCAGACCAUGCUGAGGAUGGGGCAUGGCAGGGCACCCACCGUGCUCGUCGUCCGAGACAUGGACAGGAAUGUGAUGGGGGCCUUCUGCUCCGAGCCCUGGCGCACAUCCACCCGCUUCUAUGGAACAGGCGAGACCUUCGUCUUCCAGCUCGGGACUCAGCAGUACCAGCGUGCAUGGCGGUGGUGGACACAGCAGAACGCCCGAGCCUCCAAUGACUACUUCAUGUGGGGCGAUGCGGAGGGCAUCGCCGUCGGCGGCUCUGGCGGGUAUGCCAUCUGGCUGGAUGCCGACUUUGCCAAGGGCCUGUCCCGCUCAUGCCUGACGUUUGGAAGUCCUCCCCUAGUCCCAAUUGAGGAGUUUGAUGUGGGCGCUGUGGAGUUGUGGUGGCUCCGAUGA